GAUGAGCCUGUUGUGGUGGCUCACGCUUGUGAUCCCAGGACUUUGGAUGGCUGGGCGGGGGGGAUCUCAUGAUCCUAGGAGUUCCAGACCGGCCUGGGCAAUAUGGUGAAACCCGGUCACUGUUUUUUUUUUUUUUUUUUUUUUUUUUUUUCUUUUUGAGGCGGAGUUCCGCUCUUGUUGCCUGGCUGGAGUGCAGUUGCGUGGUCUCAGCUCCCCACGGCCUCCGCCUCCCGGGUUUGGGUGGUUCUCCUGCCUCAGCUUCAGCAUCCUGAGUGGCUGUGAUUGCAGGCGUGAGCCACCAUGCUCAGCUAAUUUUUUUUUUUUUUUUUUUUGAGAGAGAUGGGGUUUCUCCCUGUUGUUCAGGCUGGUCUCAAACUCUUGUACUCUGGUUGUCCACCUGCCUCGGCCUCUGCAGGUGCUGGGAUUGCAGGCAUGAGCCAGCGUGCGUGGCCCAAUUUGUUUUUUUUAUUUUUUUGUUUUGAGAUGGAGUCUCACUCUGUCACCCAGGCUGGAGUGCAGUGGCAUGGUCUUGGCUCACUGCAACCUCUGCCUCCCAGGUUCAAGCAGUUCUCCUGCCUCAGCCUCCUGGGUAGCUGGGAUUAGAGGUGUCCACCGCCACACUUUGCUAAUUUCUUUGUUGUUUUUUAUUAGAGACGGUGUUUCUUCAUGUUGGCCCGGCUGGUCUCCAACUCCUGACGUCAGGUGAUCCACCCACUUCAGCCUCCCAAAGUGCUUGGAUUACAGCGUGAUUCCCCUGGCGUGGUGGUUCCCCUUUUGAUCCCAGGACUUUGGAUGGCCGAGCGUGGAGGGUUGCUUGAGCCUAGGAGGUCCAGACCAAACCUGGGCAACAUGGUGAAACCUGGUCCUUUUUUUUUUUUCAGACGGAGUUUCACUCUUGUCACGCAGGCUGGAGUGCAGUGGCAUGGUCUCGGCUCGCCACAGCCUCCACCUCCUGGGUUUGGGUGGUUCUCCUGCUUCAGCUUCCCGAGUGGCUGGGAUUGCAGGUAUGAGCCACCAUGCCAGGCUUAUUUUGUAAUUCUUUUUGUUUUUCUUUUCUUUUUUUUUCUGCAGAUGGGGUUUAUCCAUGUUUGUUGGGCUGGUCUCCAACUCCCGACCUCAGGUAAUCUGCCCGCCUUGGCGUCCCCGGGUGCUGGGAUUGCAGGCGUGAGCCACCAUGCCAGGCCUAAUUUCUUAAUCAGAAAGGAAUACACUGGCCUGGCAUGGUGGCUGACGCUUGUGAUCACAGGACUUUGGAUGGCCUAGCACAGCGGAUUGCUUGAGCCUAGGAAGUUCAGACCGGCCUGGGCAAAAUGGUGAAACCCAGUCUCUUUUUUUUUUUUUUUUUUUUUGAGGUGGAGUUUCGCUCUUCUUGCCCAAGCUGCAGUGCAGUGGUGAGGUCUCAGGCCUCCGCCUCCUGGGUUUGGGUGGUUCUCAUGCCUCAGCCUACCAACUGAGAUUGCAGGCAUGAGCCAAAAUGCCCAGCUAAUUUUGUAAAUUUUUUUUGUGGGGGGGUACAGACGGGGUUUCUCCCUGUUGGUCAGGCUGGUCUCAAACUCCCGACCUCAGGUUAUCUGCCCGCGUUGGCCUCCGGGGGUGCUGGGAUUGCGGGCAUGAGCCAGUGUGCAAGGCCCAAUUGAUUAAUCAGGAAGCAAUAGAUCGGCCUGGCGAGGUAGUUUACGCUUGGGAUCCCAGGACUUUGGACAGCCAGGCGCCACGGAUCGCUUUGAAUUUGAAUAUAAUAAUUCUUCCUUCUCCUUCUCUUCUUCAAGGUAACUGCAGAGGCUAUUUCCUGGAAUGAAUCAACGAAUGAAACAAAUAACUCUAUGGUGACUGAAUUCAUUUUUCUGGGUCUCUCUGAUUCUCAGGAACUCCAGACCUUCAUAUUUAUGGUUUUGUUUUUUUUUUUUUUUGUAUUCUAUGGAGGAAUCGUGUUUGGAGACCUUCUUAUUGUCAUAACAGUGGUAUCUGACUCCCACCUUCAGUCUCCCAUGUACUUCCUGCUAGCCAACCUCUCACUCAUUAAUCUGUCUCUGUCUUCAGUCACAGCCCCCAAGAUGAUUACUGACUUUUUCAGUCAGUGCAAAGUCAUCUCUUUCAAGGGCUGCCUUGUUCAGAUAUUUCUCCUUCACUUCUUUGGUGGGAGUGAGAUGGUGAUCCUCAUAGCCAUGGCCUUUGACAGAUAUAUAGCAAUAUGCAAACCCCUACACUAUACUACAAUUAUGUGUGGCAAUGUAUGUGUCGGCAUUAUGGCUGUUGCAUGGGGAACUGGCUUUCUCCAUUUGGUGAGCCAGUUGGCCUUUGCCGUGCACUUACCCUUCUGUGGUCCCAAUGAGGUCGAUAGUUUUUAUUGUGACCUUCCUAGGGUAAUCAAACUUGCCUGUGCAGAUACCUACAGGCUAGAUAUUAUGGUCAUUGCUAACAGUGGUGUGCUCACUGUGUGUUCUUUUGUUCUUCUAAUCAUCUCAUACACUAUCAUCCUAAUGACCAUCCAGUGUCGCUCUUCAGAUAAGUCGUCCGAAGCUCUGUCCACUUUGACUGCUCACAUCACAGUAAUUCUUUUGUUCUUUGGACCAUGUGUCUUUAUUUAUGCCUGGCCAUUCCUCAAGUCAUUAGAUAAAUUCCUUGCUGUAUUUUAUUCUGUGAUCACCUCUCUCUUGAACCCAAUUAUAUACACACUGAGGAACAAAGACAUGAAGACUGCAAUAAGAUGGCUGAGAAAAUGGGAUGUGCAUUCUAGUGUAAAGUUUUAGAUCUUAUAUAACUGUGAGAUUAAUCUCAGAUAAUGACAUAAAAUAUAGUGAAGUUGGUAAGUUAUUUAGUAAAGGUCAUGAAAAUUGUGCCUUCCAUUCCCGUAUAAUUUAGUAAUUGUCUAGGAACUUUCACAUACAUUGCCUCAAUUUAUCUUUCAACAACUUGUGUGGUAUAUUUUGGAAUACAGAUACAAAGUUAUUAUGCUUUCAAAAUAUUCUUUUGCUAAUUCUUAGAACAAAGAAAGGCAUAAAUAUAUUAGUAUUUGUGUACACC